AUGUUUGUGAAAUAUAAUUGUGGCUUGGAUAAUAAAAUGAACCCUCAGACGAAUUUCUUUUUAAGUACAGAAAAUUAUUUGCGUUCUUUUGAUAGAAUCUCGAUUGAAAAUAACAAAAUUACAGACUGUCCGUCAAGUUUGUGUCACACGAAAAGUGAAAAAUUUCGCACAGAAUCUCUCAAUAGCGCUGAUACGACGGCGGCGGCGGCGACGGCGACAGCAGUGAGUUCAAAAUCGGAAAUAAGUGGAUCGCUUUUAUAUUUCGGCUACAAUUCUGAUGACUACGAACGUGGCUUAGAUUGGUCCUCAAGCAACUACAAUCCCAUACCAUUUUAUAAAGACAAACAAAAACAACGGCGCGUUCGUACGACAUUUACGUCCAAACAACUCAAGGAGCUGGAAAAGAUAUUCCAAGAGACACAUUAUCCUGAUAUUUAUACGCGCGAGGAGAUCGCUAUGAAAAUAGAGCUUACAGAGGCACGUGUGCAGGUUUGGUUCCAAAAUCGGCGUGCCAAAUUUCGCAAACAAGAACGACAAGCGAAUAUAAUCACAACAAAAGUACCAGAUAUUACACAAAAACAAAUGCAGAAUCACUUCGGAACGACAAGUGCUAAGUGUCUGUCGCCAUUUAUGAUGUCCACACUGCUCUCAACGGAGACAAGUCCGAAAUCUUUGCAAUUAAUAAAAUGAAAUUCUUUGUAGCGGUAACAAUUGACUUAAUACAUACAUACAUA